AUGAUUGCAGCAGUGAAAUCAAUCUUUAGUCAGACGGAGGCAACGGAGGCGACUAAGAGCCUCAUCCGACACCAAGUGUCGUCACUGCUAAUGCCCCACAGGCCGCGGGAAGUGCUUUCCAAGGUCGAACGUGAUGCGCUUAGAGAACUCAAGGCCGACAAAGACCUGGUCAUCGUGCCAGCGGACAAGGGGCGCUGCACGCUUGUACUGGACAGGACAGACUACUUUAAACAAGCCAAUGAGUUACUGCAGGACCGACAGUUCUAUGCCCCAUGCGCAAUGAACCCUGUAAAAGCGCUGACACGCGAAAUUAAUGCCACGUUGGUGGCCUUGGAGAACUCAGGUGCAAUAACACCGACCGACAGACGCAUGGCGAGACCCCAAGAUACGGCUUUGGCCCGAUUCUAUGACCUCCCUAAGGUGCACAAAGACGGUGAUCCUCUCCAACCCAUCAUGUCGCUCAAAGGUACUCCAACGUACGGACUGGCUAAGUGGCUGUUCCGGCGUCUCAAGUUCCUGACGGCUGAGUCAGACACCCCGGUCUCUUCGUCAGCACAAUUCCUGGAGAAACUCAAAGGGAUAAGCCUCCAUCCAAAUGAGGUCAUGGUAUCUUUUGAUGUUACAUCCCUUUUUACUUCUAUUACCCAGGACCUGGCGAUCGAGACAAUCGAGCUGCUUCUACAAAGCAAAUACGAUGAAACGGAGAAUCGUCAUGGACACGCCCAAGUCCUUCAGUUCCUGAAGUUCUUUCUCAGGACGUGCUUCACAUUCGAUGGGAUAAUCUACGAACAGGUGAAGGGCACACCAAUGGAUUCGCCGAUUUCGGGGUUCAUCUCCGAGGUGGUCCUGGAACGGUUAGAGUCGCUGGUCUUCCAGCACAACUGA